CCAGCUUCAGUCUUGGCCAAAACGCUGCGCGGUUUAAGCCGAAAGUUUUGGCUUUCCGUUCCGGACGACUGUGUUUUUUUUGUUUCUGUGAUACGAUGUGCCUGGACAUGUUGAGGCAAAAGAAGAAGCUGUUGCUGCUGCUACUGCUGAUGGCCAGUGGCAGUAUCUGUUACUACCUGUAUACGCUGAAAUUGGAAAGGGAGCGCGAUGGAAUUGUGUCUUCGACGACGUCGCGUCUGGAGCGUGAGAUAAGCGAUCUGCAGGCGGUUUUCGAAUCGGAGGUCAUUCCCGAACUCGGGGCUUUGGGUCGUCCGGCGAGGGGCAAUUGGACCAAUGAGGAACUGGAGGCCAUCGCGAAUAGCCAGCGGGAAACGGGUUACAAUGCCUGGCUCUCCAAGCGCAUCUCACCGGAGCGAACUCUUUACGACAUGCGGCAUCGCAGCUGUAAAAAGCUCGGGUACCCGCUGGAAAAGCUCCCGUCGGUCAGUGUGGUGAUAACGUAUCACAACGAGGAGGCCAGCGUGCUGCUGCGAACGCUGAGCAGCCUGAGGAGUCGGACGCCCAUCCUGCUGCUCAGGGAGAUAAUCCUGGUGGACGAUGGCAGCAGCCAGGUGAACGAGAAGCUCAACGACUUCCUGCAGAUCAAGUUCCUCAACAUGGUGAAGCACCAUAGGAUCUCCACGCAGGUGGGUCUGAUGCAGGCUAGAGUCUUCGGCGCCAACCGGGCCCUGGCCGAUGUCCUGGUCUUUCUGGACGCCCACGUGGAGGUAACGCACGGCUGGCUGGAGCCACUGUUGGCUCCCAUUUUGAAGGACAACAGGACCUGCACCACACCGAUCAUAGACACCAUUGAUUAUGAGAACUUUGCCUACAGAAGGGGCAAGCCAUCGAGGGGCUUCUUCAACUGGCAAUUCGAUUACAUACAGCUGCCGCUGCUCAAGGAGGAGGCGGUGGCCAUGCCGGCUCCGCACAAGAAUCCCAUCAUGAAUGGAGGCCUUUUUGCCAUCGGACGUCAGUGGUUCGCCGACCUCGGUGGCUAUGACAAGGGACUGAAAAUCUGGGGAGGCGAGCAGUUCGAGCUGAGUCUUAAGUUGUGGCUGUGUGGAGGUCAGAUUCUCGAGGUACCCUGCUCCAGGAUCGGCCACCUCUACAGAUCGGCCAAUUUCCAGAUUCGCUAUACCGAUAAGGACAAAGCUAGUGAGAGGAAACUUAUACAAAGGAACUACCGUCGAGUUGCUGAAGUGUGGUUGGAUGAAUUCAAGGACAAGGUUUUUGCCAAUAUGCCGCACUUAACUGUGAUUCCCACUGGAAAUCUCGCCGAGCAACGAGAACUCAGAAAGCGCCUUCACUGCAAGUCAUUCAAAUGGUUUUUGACGAAUUUGGCAUCCGAUUUCCUGAAUCUGUAUCCCGUAAUAGACCCCGCCGAAUACGCUACUGGAGUGUUACAGAGCCUUUCCUCGACGAAACUCUGUUUGGAGCGCACAGAGGUUGCAUCUGCACGACCCAAACUAGGUUUUUGCAGUUCAGAUCGUGUGUUCCCGAAACUUGAGCAGCACUGGACCCUGACCAAUCGUCGGGAAUUGCAAUCGGGACUCGUGUGCUUGGAGGUGCGCAAUCAGGGAGAGGAUGUUUAUACCUACCACUGCCACCGGCAGAAGGGUAACCAGUUCUGGUCCUUCGAUCCGAAGACCCGUCAGGUGAUCUCCGGCCAAAUGAAAGACUUUAGAGUUUGUUUGGAGGUUCAGUCGGAUGGAAAAGGUGUCACCACGGGAGACUGUGACCCAAAAAACACCAAGCAACAAUGGAAAUUUGGAUACCAAAAUAACCACAGAUUGCAACAUUUUUGGGACAAUGUGAAGACGCAUUAAUAGUUAUCUUUAGUCAAUUUACAAACAAACUUGCCAUGAUCUUGUCAAAGGUGAAACUUAUCUCGUAUCUUGUAUAUAGUUAAAGAUAAAAAGCUAACUUUAAUUUUGUUAUAUAGGGAAGCUUCACUUCUCUUUCAUUUAGGUUAAAGCAAUCAAACCUGAAAUAUUUCAAUUGUAUUUUAAUUUAAAACUAAGAGGCCUAAGUCGACUGGAAAGCACCAGUAAAUCAUCCAUGUAAAAGUUGUCUAUUCCAUAAAUUGUUGUGAUCAGACUCAAAAUCGAAUGGAACUCCAAACAUUCGAACUUUAUAUGUAAAGUAGUACAAGUCAUAAAUGUUGUAAAUGCUGUUCAAGUGAGAGCAAAUUGAUCGCAAAGAAACCGGCAAGUUCAUCUGCAAAGUAGUUGAAUUAUGAAUGAAAUAAAAUCAUGAACUAAGUUAA